CGCUCACUUGCUCGACACUCACUCGCCCGGAGGUUUCCCCGCCGGCCGCGUCCCGUCCGCUCGCUGCGAACCAGGAGUACCCUCUGCGUGCCCCUGGGCUCCGCUCUGGCCCGGCUGCGCCAGACGCAGCUCUGCCCGACGGCGACAUGGGUUUUCCCCCAGUCCCGGAGGCUGGCAGCCGGCGCUGGAGGCCUGUGCUCCUCGCCUUCUUCCUGGCUGCCUCCCGAGACCUGGUGACAGCGUUCAAGAUUGCCACGCCCUACUCCCUGUACGUGUGUCCCGAGGGGCAGAACGUCACCCUCACCUGCAGGCUCUUGGGCCCCCUGGCCAAAGGGCACGACGUGACCUUCUACAAGACCUGGUACCGCAGCUCGCGGGGCGAGGUGCAGGCCUGCUCAGAGCGCCGGCCCAUCCGCAACCUCACGUUCCAGGACCUCCACCUGCACCACGGUAGCCACCAGGCCAACACCAGCCAGGAUCUGGCCCGGCGCUACGGGCUGGAGUCGGCCUCCGACCACCACGGCAACUUCACCAUCACCAUGCGCAACCUGACGCUGCUGGACGGCGGCCUCUACUGCUGCCUGGUGGUGGAGAUCAGGCACCACCACUCGGAGCAGCGGCUCUUUGGAGCCAUGGAGCUGCAGGUGCAGAGAGGCGAAGAAACACUAUCCAAGUGCAUCGCGUACCCACCCUCCUCCAACGAGAGUGAAAGCAUCACGGCUGCUGCUCUGGCUACGAGCGCCUGCAUCGUGGGUAUUCUCUGCCUCCCCCUCAUCCUGCUCCUGGUCUACAAGCAAAGGCAGGUGGCCUCCAACCGCCGUGCCCAGGAACUGGUGCGGAUGGACAGCAACAACAUUCAAGGAAUUGAAAACCCUGGCUUUGAGACCUCUCCACCUUCCCAUGGGAUGCUGGAGGCCAAGCCCAGGCAGGCCCUGUCCUACAUGGCCCAGCGGCAGCCUUCUGAGUCUGGGCGGCACCUGCUCUCUGAGCCCAACACUCCUCUGUCUCCGCCAGGCCCCGGGGAGGUCUUCUUCCCCUCCCUAGACCCUGUCCCUGACUCCCCAAAUUCUGAGGCCGUCUAAACCAGCUGGGGGCCUGUGGGAAGUUGUGGCUGGGCCUGGGGCAGGGGCAUUUGAGCCAGGGCUGGCCCUCUGACUGGUCCCUUUGGCCCUGGUUUGUUCCCUCCAAGCUGUAAAGUCAGACUCUUUGAAAUACCCCUGAUGGCCAGACCUUCCACCUCUCUGGAUGGCAGAAGGGAGAAGGUGUUGGACAGUCCAGUCCCUCUCUCAAGAACGGUGAGAGGCUGGGAUCCCACUCUAGGGACCUGAAAUUCACCAGCUACUGAUACCAGAUGACCUCCGUUCUCGAAGCCCCAGGACUGCCAGCUCCCGUGGCAGCCUCUCUCUCUGGGACAUAAGCCCUGGGACCUGAGACCCAUGCACCCUGGGCAGACCUCCCAGUGCCACCCUCCAGGCCUGAGACACAGGAUAAGAUGUGGAGAGACUUCCCACUGCGGUGGGCCUGGCUCCCCACUCCCGCCUGAGACUGCUCAUCCAUCAGACUCACUCUUUGUAAUCGUGAGGCUCUGGGGCUAGGCCUGCCUGACCUGGCUGCCUUCUAACCAGCAGACUCUCUGAGGGGCUUUGAUAACAAAUUUGGGGUUCCCACAGCCUGUACUCUGGGUCCCCAGAAUGCACUGGCCGGAAGCCCCAAAAUGGGAAGUACGCCCUGGGGCACGGUGACCACUGUGAGUCAACUGGCAUCUUGGGCAAUGGGAGCCAGGUCAGAGGUUGUACUGCCGCCCGCCAUAGGUGGGAGUGGAGGGAGAGUGGGCUGGCGGGGGGCAGGGGCCUGCUGGGAAGGUUCAGAGGAGAGGGCUCCUCCCUCCUCUCCCUGUGGUCAAGAGAGCUGGUGACCACAUAAUGUACUGCCCAAACUAUGACUACUUUUCAGUGUGAAGAGGGGGUGCUAUUAAAAACUACGUGGGUGACAGUGUAAAAACCCCAUGGACAGAUUCUAAGAGCUGGGUUGAAAUCCCUACUCUGCUUCCGAGGUGCCUGAGGCCCAGGGAGCCCUCCACCCCUACCCCCAGUCUUCGAGGACCUUCUGUUCCAGUCACUCUGCACUGAGCCAUCAGGGCAGCAGGACCCUGUUGGGUGGGAGGAGCGGGCGUGUCUACAGCAAGUCUGGGCCUGCUCUGCUCUAGACCCUCUGCUCCCAUCUCCUGCUUCAGGCAUGACCGGGUUUGUCUUUAUAUACAAACAGGAGGGGAAUCUUUUGUGGAAUUUCAUUAAAGAGCUUUAAAGCGCG